CAACAAAUUCCAUCGCACUUUACAAUAGGUUGACUGACAAACAUGUAAUUGUAACCAGACAAGUUUGACACACAGAAACAGAGUGGCUGACAGCCCUGUUCAAUGAGCUUACAUACUAGAGGGAGUGAGGUAAAGUUACACAAAAGGUUAGGGAAGUAGAUUGGUAGAAUAGUAUUGAAUAAAGACUUAGUGUGGAUAUUUUUGGAGCCAUUAACCGUUUAAUUGAUAUGUGUAGCGGAGCUAUAAUAUUAAAUCCCAAGAUCUCCGCUGGUACAGAAAGUAAUCCAAAGUAUAGCGCUGAAAAGGAAGGCAAUAUCCCAAAUCCCCAAGAAACUGGAUGAAACACAGUUCUGGGAGUCAACUGAACUUUUAUUCACAGGUCACAGUAUUUAUGCAAGUCCCCAUGCAAGGGGUUUCCCUACUGACAAUCCAGGGGUUGUACAGUAGGGGACUACAUGGGGGACUUAACAACCUGGACAUUUCUCCCAUCAUGCACUGCUACACGGGAGGGAUACUCCCACUGAAAUAUCCAGUUAAGUGGAUUAUCCCUCCGUGCAGCAGAACUAACAUUUUACACAAAAAUACAUAACUUGUACAUUAUUUCUCUUUAUUACCGAACGACCGUUCGGUAGAUAGAUGGGGUCUGAGAGCACCUUUUGUGAAAGUAUCGCUCAGAUCCCAGCAUAAAUAACCGAACGCUGCACAAAAUACACUUUUACAUCAUAUUCGCCUGAAAGUACCGAACACCGAUUGGGAAACACAAUAUUGAAAGACCGGAGCUCCCGAACGGCCUGGAGGCCCAGCGUUGUUCGCGCUGUCGAGUAGACGAUUUUAGUUCCAGGUGCUCGACGACCAAACACCGCUGGGUGAACAGAGGAUCCAAGAUGGCCGACCGCCGCGUGGUCGGUAGCCGAACGACGGCCACCUAGGAACGUAAUUAACAUUGUUGCAAUCGGCUAAUGGGAGCCACACGACCCUCUGUGUGUGGGCUCCUGUUCGGUACUUUAUUUGUUUCACGAACAGCAGGUAAAGUCCCUGUUCGUGAAACGAACAUCUGAAUGCUCUAUGAUACAACAUUACAGGCAUACAUUUGAACACAACAUUCCAGCGGCUUUUCCAGACAACCUUUAAAGGUACAGCAAUACGAUCUAAAGUGGCUAGGUUUGCCACAAUAUGCUUGUAAUGGAUCACCUGGCACCCCAACUGAGUACCUCCGCUAAAUGAUCACUUCCUAGCUGGAACAGGGGACAAGCCGCAGCACUUCUUGCCCUCAGUUGCCAUAGCUUGACUGGAACCGCAACCUCCUUCCUGGAUCCGAAGGGAAAAUUAGCUCUGACACCUAUAGGCAUUGGACGACACUCAGUCCUGGGAACUCUGGAACCGAAUGGGGAAUUAGCUCUAGUCCUUACAAGGACUUUCCCCGUUAAAUCUCCUGCAAGCUGGAACAGCAGACACAGGAGCAAAUCUUCUUUCCCUCCAAUAACUGGACAACACACAGUUUUGAGUGUAAGCAGGAAUCUCAAGUUUAAUGGGACACACUGGCCUUUUAUACAAUUUUACAAGCCAGAGGAACACCCCUUGGAUCUGAUGGGGCACAGGAACACAAAGGACAUAAACCAAUCAGAACAAACAUACAGUCUGUGACUUGCCCAUGUACAUCACACAAUCCCUCUCCUCUGCAUAGGAGUUAAUUGAGUAAAGUCCUGUAAGUAACUCUCCAAGCAGAGAGUUACUUACAACCCUGUAAGUAACUCUCCAGGCAGAAAAAAUUUUUUUCCAAAAAGUUUAGAAAGUACCUCAAAAUCCAACAUAUCCCAUAAAAGUCACAUCCCCUGAUUACCCCGAUCUGGGUGAACAACAUAUCCAAAAAUCACCCAGAUCGGUUCAGGGUUUCAGGAAUUUCCUGGAAGUCAUAGUUGUGACCGACCGCAAGCAUGGCCCCAUGCCCAAAACAGUUCCAGGGAAAUCAGUGCCAACAGUCAGUCAAGUUUGGUAGUCUUUUACAGGUUUCGCUGCAGGGACCAUAGUCUGUGGGCAGGAGGCUGGCAAGCAGGCUCCUUCAGGAGCUCGUGGCAAACUCACUUGAAAAGGGGAGUUUGUCACAAUGCUUUUUUAAAAAAAAGUGAGUUUUUAAAGAUUUUUUGAAGGAGUGGAGACUGGGUGAAAGUCUGAUGGAAAAGUGAAGGGAGUUCCACAGGAACUAUGCAGCCCUAGAGAAGUCUAGAGAAGAAAUGAGCAGCAGAGGUGGGAGUACGAACAGAGGCUGGACGCAGGUCUUCGGCCGAACGUAGUGGCCUAGAGGGGACAUACUUGUGUAUUAGGAGGAUAGAUAGGUGGGAGUAGCAUUAUGUAGAGAUUUGAAAGCAAGAACCAGAAUUUUAAAGUGAGCCCUAUAUCGUACAUGAAGCCAACACAGGGACUGACAGAAGGGUGAGGCGUGUAAGGCACGGGCGGACAGGAAGAUGAGCCUUGCCGCCGCAGUCAUUAUAGACUGCAAUGGGGCAAGUUGGGAGCAUGUAAGACCACUGAGAAGUGGAUUGCAGUAGUCAAGUGGCAUGUACCAGCACCUUAGCCACAGCUGGCGUUAAGUAGGGGCGGAUGCGAUGGAAGCAGCAGGAUUUGGCGAUAGACUGGACAUGAGGGGUGAAGGAGAGAUUGGAGUAAAAGAGCUGAUGGUAGCACCAUUAACAUGCAGGGAGACAGAAACAGGAGUAGCAACACUUGACGGAGGAAAGACCAGAAGUUCUGUUUUGGACAAGUUGAGCUUAAGGAAGUUGGCAGCUAUCCAGUUAGAAAUAGCAGAGAGGCAGUCAGAGACACUAGUCAAGAGGGGCUGGGAGGAUUGGCGCAGGAUUUAUGUGAUCGAGUUACAUAAGAGAAAUGGCUGCCAUCACUGAUGCAAGUUUCUUGAGCAGGAUCAUUGGGAAGACCAUCAAACUUACAACUGCCACUGAAUGCUUACAGGGAGAAUUAGUUAGUGUUUCCUCAGAUCGAACCAUCGUUAUCAACAAAAUCAAAGACCUGAAAACCGGCAGGAAGAUUCCUGGAGCACAGUUAUUUUUUGGAAAUAAUAUUUUGGAUGUGGAACCACAGAAUGAAUCCUCAGGUGGAUCAGAAAGACAAACAGCUGAGGUGGGAGAUAACAUUGCCUCAAAGGAGGAUUGCUCCGGAACUGACAUCAGUCAGAAUGUUGAAAGCCGUAACACUCCACCCUCCUAUGAAAUUUACAGUGCUUUACAAGCCAUAAAGCAUUCAGUGGAUGAAGAGGAGGUGGAGUAUACAGUCAUUGACCAAUUCCAGCCCCAUUUUGGGCCAGCUAUACGGCACCUUCUGAAUCAAAAGGUCCUGGGUAUAAGUGCUGUUGGAUUAAAUCUAUGUCGCCAUGGAAAACUUUUAUGGCUUCAGGUGGCAUGCAAAAGAUGAAUAUAUCUGUUUGAUUUUCUUGUUCUUGGACCAAUCAUCUUCAGAAAUGGCCUCCAGACAGUGCUGGAAGAUAAAGGCAUCCUAAAGGUCAUCCAUGACUGCCGCUGGCUAGGAGAUUUUUUGUCCCAUCAGUAUGGUGUUAUCCUUGCCAAUGUGUUCGAUACCCAGGUAGCUGAUGUGUACUUGUUCUCUGUUGAAACUGGGGGAUUUCUUCCUCAUUGUACGAGUUCAUUGAAGGAGUGUUUGAUACGACACCUUAAAAUUCCUCUCUCUCACGGGUUGACUUCCUGACUCACAAAGAGACCCUGAUAAAGCUGUCCAGCCCUGAAUUGCCUAGAGAGCUCCAGCAGCUCAGCAUACUGCAGCAAGUGAAGAGAGAAAGGGCUUUGAAAGAUUAUGACAUUGACAACAAAGGGUUUCUUACAAGAACCUCCUCCUAAGGAUUUCAACCCAGAGUUUAAGACUUUCUGUUGAUUCUUCCUAUAGGUGAGCAAGUUAAUGUGUAAGUGAGUGCUCCAUUCAGUAGUGAGGAAGGUGAUAUUUCACCAUGGAGCAUUGAUUCUGCUUUUUUGUUUUCUCCAACUUUCUUUACAAGGACCUGUGCUGCAUAUUCUAUAAAUUGAGGUCAUUUCUGCCUCCCAAGUUAUGUUUUUCUUCUUCAAUAAAUGUGUUUCAGAAAGAUUCUAUGUUUAUACAUGCUGGUUACCAAAAGAUUUUGUAUUGUAAUAACAUUAUAUUUUUUUGUUCUCUUUCAUUAAAUAAAGCCUUGGAAUGUUAAAAAAAAAAAAA